AUGACCUCCAUCGGUCGCAUCGCGUGUAUCCUCUUCCCAUAUGCCGCUACGGUCGGGGCACUGAUAUCACUUAUCUUCGUCGGUAUCGGCUGCACGAAUUCCAAAUCCACCACCGAAAAUGAUCUCUACUUCUUCAGAGCCGAUAUGAGCAACCUCACUAGCUCAGGAGGCAGCUCCCUCGCUGACCAAGCUGCCAGCGCACUCGGCGAUCUCACCAACCUCGGCAGCUCGUCCCUUGAAACUGCCCUCGCCGAAGCCAUCGCCGCCAACACCAUCCGCGACUUCUACGACAUCGGUCUUUGGGGCUAUUGCGCGGGCAAAAAGACCAGCGCCGGCGAGUACAAAGUCGACUACUGCUCCAAGCCCAAAGCCGAGUUCUCAUUCGACCCCGUUGACGUGUGGGGAUUGAACAGUACCAGCGCUGCCGGUGCCGUGGACGAUAUCCUGCCCACCAACCUCCAUAAGGCAUUGAAUACGUACAAGUCUGUCUCGAAAUGGAUGUUUAUCGCCUAUAUCAUCGCGUUUGGCGCUACCGCUGUGGAAUUGAUUGUUGGUCUGUUCGCGAUCUGCAGUCGUCUCGGUAGUCUGGUGACCAGUCUCAUCUCGGGUGUUGCAUUCCUUUUCACUGCCGCCGCCUCAAUCACUGCAACCGCCAUGUUCGCUGUGUUCCUAGGCACAUUCAACACUGAAUUGAAACAGUACGGCAUGCACGGCUCAAUGGGUAAAAACAUCUAUGUGGCUACAUGGAUUGCGACUGCGUUUGCGCUCGGCGGCACAUUUUUCUGGCUCUUUAGCUCCUGCUGCUGUGCCGCGCGAUCCCCUUACCACGGUGGACGCGGAAACCGUGGCCGCGUUAUGGCCGAAAAGGCACCGUAUACCUAUGAGCGUGUGAGCAGUCCGUAUGCCGGUAAUGCAGCGCCUGCUGGUCCUGCGGCUCCUUAUUCUCAGCAGCAUAAUGUGCCCAUGCAGACGUUCCGACAGGAUGCGUAUGAGCCUUUCCGUCAUGUAUAG